AUGAUGGGGAUGUUGAAAUUAUUGAGCGAUUCGCGGCUCAUGCUCGGGCAAUGGAAAAAUCAAUGCCAUGGAUAAAUGAAGCAUCUCAAGCACAUAAGGAUUCUUUAAACGAAAUGCAAAAUCAAUAUCGUCGAGUAAGUUAUGCAUUGCUUAAAUUAAUUACUGGUUAUGAUGCUGGAGAAGAUUGUGAAUGUAUAAACGAUGAAGGAGCUUGGUGUUGGAGGGAUGGAUGUAAUGUUUGUUUAAGUCUUACUAAAGCAAUUCAAUCCACCGCCGAAAGUAUGCAAGUGAUAGCGGACAUGUAUGAUUCUCACAAAAAAGAAGUUAUUAUUCCUUGGAUUGAAAAUUUCAAAGAGUAUAAUCAACCAGCUACUAAUUGCGAGCAACUAAUUGAUAUGCAUGCAGGAGCAUAUAAAAAAUACAAAGAUGUCUCUGAUGAAGAUAUAAGUCAAGAUCAAUCAGAGGACACAGACAUUGAAGCCAUAAGAUCACGUUGUGAUACUGUAUUCAAUGUAACUCUUUCUGAAGUAAAUAGAAUUCAUGAUGAACAACUUCGUCAAGCACGGGCUAACUUCGAUGAACCUCAUUAUUCAGCUCUGUCACAAACACCACGAACUCCAAGUCAAUACAAUGCUUCAAUCGAUGAACAACGACCUUCUAUUUCACGUCCUGUUUCAAUUGUAUCUGUCGGAUCGAUGUCUGGCAUGGUUGGUGGAGUUGUUGAUGGCGUAGGAAGCAUGGGAAGUUUCUUAAAAAAGACAGCUAGAACUUCUAUUGGAAGCAGUUCAAUGUUUGAUUCCUGGUGGGGAAGAGGCUAA